GAGGUCACAGCAUAGGGAAGAUCCUUAUUGCCAACCGAGGAGAAAUUGCAUGCAGGGUGAUGCGAACAGCCAAGAAAAUGGGCGUGAAGUCUGUAGCAGUUUAUAGCGAAGCGGACAGAAACUCCAUGCACGUAGCAAUGGCAGAUGAAGCACAUUGCAUUGGUCCGGCACCCUCACAGCAGAGCUACUUGGCCAUGGAGAAGAUAAUGCAGGUGGCCAAGAUCUCGGCAGCACAGGCUAUUCAUCCAGGUUAUGGUUUCCUCUCAGAAAACACAGAGUUUGCAGAGUUGUGCAAGCAGGAGGGAAUCAUCUUCAUAGGUCCGCCUUCAUCUGCUAUCAGAGAUAUGGGUAUUAAGAGCACUUCCAAAGCUAUAAUGUCUGCUGCUGGCGUUCCUGUUGUUGAAGGUUAUCAUGGAGAAGAUCAAUCAGAUGAGUGUCUGCAGGAACACGCCAAGAGAAUAGGAUAUCCAGUAAUGAUUAAAGCUGUUCGUGGAGGUGGCGGGAAGGGCAUGAGAAUUGCUCAUUCAGAAAAAGAGUUUCUGGGCCAAUUGGAAUCAGCUAGGAGGGAAGCCAAGAAGUCUUUCAAUGAUGAUGCAAUGCUGAUUGAGAAAUUUGUAGAUAACCCAAGGCAUGUUGAAGUCCAAGUGUUUGGUGACCAGCAUGGCAAUGCAGUCUAUCUGUUCGAAAGAGACUGCAGUGUGCAGAGAAGACAUCAGAAGAUCAUUGAAGAGGCACCAGGGCCAGGAAUUAAUCCUGAAGUCCGUAAGAGACUCGGAGAAGCUGCUGUCAAAGCAGCUAAAGCAGUGAAUUACGUGGGAGCAGGAACAGUGGAAUUCAUUAUGGACUCCCAACAUAAUUUUUACUUCAUGGAGAUGAAUACCAGACUGCAAGUAGAGCACCCAGUUACAGAGAUGAUCACUGGAACAGACUUGGUGGAAUGGCAGCUUAGGGUUGCAGCAGGAGAGAAGAUUCCCCUAAUGCAGGAAGAGAUUCUGCUCCGGGGCCAUGCAUUUGAAGCUAGAAUAUAUGCAGAAGAUCCUAAUAAUAACUUUAUGCCAGGGGCUGGGCCAUUGUUGCACUUAUCCACCCCCCAACCUGAUAGCUUCACCAGGAUAGAAACUGGCGUUCGACAAGGUGAUGAAGUUUCUGUUCAUUAUGAUCCAAUGAUUGCCAAGCUGGUUGUUUGGGCUGAGGAUCGGCAGGCAGCACUGAGAAAGCUGCGGUACAGUUUGCAUCAAUAUAACAUUGUCGGAUUAAGCACUAAUAUUGAUUUCUUACUGAGCCUGUCAGGACACCCACAGUUUGAGGCUGGAAAUGUGCACACUAAUUUCAUUCCUCAGCACCAUGAUGAACUGUUUCCAACCAAAAAGGCAACCCCACAUGAAGUUAUAUGUCAGGCAGCUCUAGGACUCAUACUGAAAGAGAAAAUGCUAACAGAUGCUUUUAGAGAUAAGUCAGAUGAUAAAUUCUCACCAUUUGCAUCCAGCUCUGGUAGAAGAAUAAAUAUGUGUUACACUAGAAAACUGUCUCUGCUGGAUGGGGAAAACAUUGUGGAUGUAGCUGUAAGUUACAAUCAAGAGGGGUCAUACAACAUGCAGAUUCAAGAUAAAAUGUUCCUGGUUUCUGGAGAGAUCUUCAGGGAAGGUGAUUCAGUUUACUUGAGGUCGUCAGUAAGUGGAACAGUGUGUAAGUCCAAAUUGGUCAUUUUGGACAACAUCAUUUAUCUCUUCUUUCCGGAAGGCAGCGCUCAGGUUGGCCUUCCUGUGCCCAAGUACUUAUCGGCAGUAAGUUCAGUGGGAACACAGAGUGGAGCUGUAGCACCCAUGACUGGCACAGUGGAAAAGGUAUUUGUGAAAGCAGGAGAUAAGGUUCAGAUUGGAGACCCUCUAAUGGUUAUGAUAGCUAUGAAAAUGGAGCACACCAUCAGGGCUCCAAAGGCAGGAGUGAUAAAAAAGGUUCAUUUCCAAGAAGGUGCCCAGGCCAAUAGACAUGCUCCGCUGGUUGAAUUCGUGGAUGAAGAGGCCCAGUCAAAAUAAAAUUCAAGGAAGGUGCAUUUUAUUUUUUCUACUUUGCUGAUUUUUUCUCUCAGGAGAAGAUUUCUUCCUAUUUUCAGCAAACUCUUUUGUAUAACAGAUUGAGGAAUUGGUUUCCUCUGCACUUCCUGCCUAGUGGGACUGUAAAUUAUGCUGACUUCACUGAAAUUUGGAUAACCCUGUGCUGUAAGCACAUGUAUAAUUGUGGACCUAUGU